AUGUGGUCCAUCUUAGUCGUGUUGGCCACCGCCGUCGCUGUGCAAGGAUUCGGCAUCAACCGAGGACUAGACACGAGCCUGGCUCAAGCUCAAGCUCAGGCGCAGGCAGUGGGGUUGGGACUCGGCAGUGGGCUGCUGGGUGGAGGAGCAGGGCUGAGUGCUGCUCAGGCACAGGCGCAGGCACAGGCUGCCGGGCUGGGCGGCGGCCACCACGGCAUCUGGAAGCGCCACGCCCUCUACGGUUUGGGGCUGACUGACUCCCUCGCCCAGGCUCAGGCCCAGGCACAGGCCGCCGGGCUGGGAGGUGGAUACUACGGUGGAGGUGGAGCGGCCCUGAGCCAGGCACAAGCGCAGGCGCAGGCUGCCGGGCUGGGCAGUGGUUACCACGGCAUCUGGAAGCGCCACGCCCUCUACGGCUUGGGGCUGACUGACUCUCUGGCCCAGGCACAGGCCCAGGCACAAGCACAGGCCCAGGCUGCCGGGCUGGGCGGUGGCUACCACGGCAUCUGGAAACGACGAGCCGAAUACGGCUCGGAGCUGACCGACUCCCUCGCCCAAGCACAGUCACAGGCACAGGCCGUUGGACUGGGCAGUGAUGGGGAUGGUGUUGCCCUGAGCCAGUCACAGUCGCAAGCACAGGCCGUCGGGCUGGGCAGCGACGGGGACGACAGCGAGGGUGGCGCUGCCCUCAGCCAGGCACAGGCACAGGCCCAGGCUGCUGCUGUCGGGCUUGAAUUCUAG